GCGCCCUUUGAAAGGAAGGAGGCGGCGCCGUAAAUGACCGAGCCGCCGCGCUCGCCCUUUCGUCUCCGCCCUCUCGUCGUGGCGGGAAAGGAAAGCCUGAAAUGGAGUCGCCGGUUUUAGAGGCCGUGUUGGAAGAAAUAAAAGUCUUCGGGCUGGAUUUCGCCAAGGAAGAAGAUGAGGCCGCUAUCAGCGAGAAACUGGACGAAUUCUGCACCUUCUACAGGAAGACGGGGGCGGAGCUGGGCGAAGAACUCGUAGCUUUUGCAGCAGGGAAAGAAACCAUUCACCUCACGGCUGACUUCCUGAACACCUUCGAACACAACGUGCUCAAUAAGAGAACAGCUCCGAAGAGAAAAGAGACCCGUCAUCCUGGAAUCCUAGACGACAACACCCUCCAAGAACACUUUGACGUUGGUGAAGAGGAUGAGGAACUUCUCGAUACCUAUGCGUCGCCAUCGAAAGGUUCCCAGAAGCGGGCGAUGACCACGCCAGAGAACCCGCGCUCCAAGCGGACCCUUAACACCCGCAGCCCCCGUUUGACCUUCUCCCCAAAUAGCUUCUCGCCCAGCGCCACCCCUUCACAGAAGUACAGCUCUCGGAGCAACAGUGGGGAGAUUGUUGCCUCCUUUGGCUCGGUCCAGGGCACCUCCUGGAGUGGCCACAGUGGGUCAGCGACCACCAUGACCCUCUUCCACUCCACCAAGGAUUCUCUCACCAAACCGUACAAAUUUAUGUUCCAGGAGCUGAUGGAGAACCGGGAAGUCUUCUCCUGUAAGAUUGAAGAACUAGGAGAAGCCCUGAAGGAACACUACAAAAUAGAAGAAUUUUCUUCUUUGAUCAUCCCUGUGCAGGAGUCCGUCACCGUCCUGGGCCAAAUUGGCUGCGAUUCCAAUGGGAAACUGAACGCCAAAUCGGUUAUCUUAGAAGGGGACCAAGAGCACUCUUCUGGAGGCCAGAUUCCGGUGGACUUGUCGGAACUUCCGGAAUAUUCUCUCUUCCCUGGACAGGUUGUGGUUAUGCAAGGUAUGAACACCACCGGCGACCGGCUGAUUGCCUCCAAGCUCUAUGAGGGAGUGCCGCUUCCUUUUCACCAGCCUACACAGACGACUGAAGAUCCGGAGCCGCAGAUGGUUUUGGUUGCUUGUGGACCUUAUACUACCUCGGACAGCAUCACGUACGACCCCAUGUUGGAUCUGAUAGAUGCUAUUAAUAAAGACAAGCCAGAUGUUUGCUUUUUGCUCGGACCCUUCCUCGACGCCAAGCACAAACAAGUCGAGGACUGUCAGCUUACCUCCUCCUUUGAAGAGGUCUUCAAGGUGUGCAUGAAGACGAUCAUCGAAGGGACGAGGAGUGCCGGAUCCCACCUCGUGAUCGUCCCGUCCCUGAGAGACGUGCACCACCUCUGCAUUUAUCCCCAGCCUCCUUUCGCCUGCUACGAGCUCUCGAAAGAGGACAAGCAGAGGGUCCUCUUCGUCUCGGACCCCUGCACCUUGGAGAUCAACGGGGUGGUUUUUGGCCUGACCUCUGUGGACCUCCUCUUCCACAUGGGCGCUGAAGAAAUCAGCAGUUCUUCCAGUGUCUUGGACCGUUUUUCCCGAAUUCUGAAGCACGUCUUGACUCAGAGGAGUUACUACCCGCUCUACCCUCCUCUGGAAGAGAUGAGCAUUGAUUAUGAGAAUUUCUACCAGUACGCGCCUCUGCCCGUCACGCCGGACAUUUUGAUCACUCCUUCGGACCUGAAAUAUUUCAUUAAGGACGUCCUCGGGUGUGUCUGUGUUAAUCCUGGCCGGCUAACCAAGGGGCAGGUGGGAGGCACCUACGGGCGUUUGUGCGUCCAGCGGAAGGUCUCCGACGGGGAGCGGAUUUGCCCUUGCCUCUCCGCUCAGGUGGUCAGAAUCUAACCCAGGCCUCUGCUCUUUAAGCUCCCAGCUGUGGGGGUGUUUUUUUCACUGCUGCUGGACCAAAACGCACCUUGGGGCCAGCACGAAGCGAUGAGGAGGGAGUUCCUCCUCCAGCGUUCAGGGCUGCAGCUGUUUGGGAUCGUGCCCGUCUGCCUUGGCGGCCAAAACAGCUGGACAGGAUCCACUGAAGUUCUGCUGCAAUUUCCCUACGAUGGGGUGGGAGCGGAGGAAAUGCACUUGCCUACGUUGACGUUCUGUUGAUGCCACCCUUGGAUGAAUAAA